CCAACUGCUUUGCAUGCGGUGUCUAUUACAUUUUGCCUCAUAUUUCGGGUGAGUAGGGUAUAUAAGGUCGAGGGCUUGGGCAGGGGGGCUUACACCAGUUGGCAGAAUCAUCUUUGCGAAUCCACUCAAGCGUUAAAGCCAAACCUGAGCUAACCAUGUCCUUCGCCGGUCUUAACGAUGCUGAUGUUGCUGCAGCCCUUGCUGCUUGCACAGCUGCUGACUCCUUCAACCACAAGGCUUUCUUCGCCAAGGUUGGCCUGGCCGGCAAGUCCAACGAUGAUGUAAAGAAGGCCUUCUACGUCAUUGACCAGGACAAGAGUGGCUUCAUUGAGGAGGAUGAGCUCAAGCUGUUCCUGCAGAACUUCUCUGCCUCUGCCAGAGCUCUGACUGACGCUGAGACCAAGGCUUUCCUGGCUGACGGGGACAAAGAUGGUGAUGGCAUGAUUGGAGUUGAUGAGUUCGCUGCCAUGAUCAAGGGAUAAAUGAAGACCUGACCAACACCUCUUGAUCUGAAGGAACAACUUGACCCAAGACAUUUUCAUCUUAACACUUUUAUACACGUGACUGUUACUGUGUCUGAAAUGACACCCUUUCCCAGGCAUAGUGCAAUACCUUUUCCCAGAGCUGAUGGGCAAAAGUAGUGCACUAUAUUGGGAACAGGGGGUCAUAUCAGACACAGCCUGUGACUGUCUACCCAUAGUGCAUCUUUCUGUCCACUAUGAAUGUAAAUGUAGCGUGGCUGUGUCUCUCCCCUGUCCUCAUUCAUUUGAGUUUUGCUUUAGUGUCCAAUCAAUGAUGCACUUUUUGGGAAAUGGACGUCAGACGAUAUAUAGAAAAGAAUAAACGUUCUUUUUCAAUA